UUCAGCGCUACAUAGCGCUAAUAGCGUCAUCCUGAACGCACCCAAGAAAGUAAAAGCUUGGUCUACCUCGCCGUUGAGUCGUUCCACUUGAUCGGCUUGAGUAUGGUUCAGGACGGCCUAAACGAGGGAUUGUAUUAAUUUUUUGUUUAUAAUACAAUUCAACACGGUAUAACGGUUAUGUCAUUAUUCGCGGGUGAUCACUUGGCGUGCUUUUAACCUAAACUGGAUGACAGAUGCGUAAAAUAGUUAUGUGUUAUUUCACGAGGAGCAAAUGGAUACAGAAGUGAGAGUGUGCAGAUCUCUGCCUCCGUUGGUCGAAGGCAAGAUUCACGGCAGUUUGAAGCUUAUUAUCGACGAGGUACUUUGGACCAAAAGAAGUCCUGGAAGUAUCACGGUAGUGGCUUCCUGGUGGGGCGAGCAUAACAGUGCGCAAUUCAGACCAAUAGACUGUACAACAGGUGUAUCAAGAACAAAUGAAGAUAAAAUAGAAAUAUAUACCAUAAAAACUAAUGCAACGCUCUUUGAGGAUUAUAUUAAAAACUGUAGAACGAUAGAGUUAAUAAUCAUCACGGAGAAGACCAACGAAGUUAUUGGUGCUGCACAUGUAGAUUUAUCUAUGAUAUUUGAGCAUAAGCUUUCUUCUCAAUUUGUCUCAAUAUUGAAUGACAGCGGUAGCAAAUUAGGAGAGUUACGCGUCUCUCUACAAUUAACGUAUCUGACAAAGUCUCAAAAUAUACAGAAAAUGUGCAAGUAUAAUAAAGAGCAAACAGAUAACGAUAUCGUAUUAUCCACGAUUGAUAAUUUAAAGCAUAGAGAAGCGAUACCUUAUAAGAAUUUAGAUAGCAUUAAAGAAAGCUUCAUGAAAUCUGCGAAGGGUGAUGCAUAUGACACCUACAGAUCGGUCCUUAAAGCUAAACGACCAGAGUUCCAAGAAUAUAAAAGGAAACACGACGAAGCAAUAACGGACAAGUUAAUUACCCAGGUUGUUGCGAGGGCGCAACGACUUAGAGGCGCGAUAUUGAAAGAGACUUACAACGAAGAUCCGUUAGCUUUAAGCGACAGUUCAAUGAGCAAUGAGUCGUAUCCUUGCACCUUGGUGGAAAAUGAAGCGAAACUUUACGAGUAUAUCUUAGGAAAGGAAAUGACUCUCUUGGAAAAGAAACAAGCCUUGGAUACGUUAAAAUUGACGUCUCCGACUUCGAGCUUGAUAGAUCUGGCAUCUAAAGCGAUUACGGCUCGUGAAAGUAAUAACAUGGAUAAACUGAAUGAAAAUUCCUCCGUAAAACGGAACGAUCCUGUAAAAGAUACAUCACGAACGCAUCCUCUAGAUUACGUGGACAGUAUAAGAACUUUCAUCGAAUCCUUCACAUUGAGUCCCGCAGGAUAUAGACGUGCAAGAUCGACGUGCUUGCAAUAUGGAGUACCAUUAUCUCUGACAUAUCUUGUCCAAUAUGAUACAACAUUCGGAUCUGCAAGGCAAGAUGCGAAAUCUAAUAAAGAAGCCAAGUUUACGAAAAUAUGUGCCAAGAAACAAGUUGGACAAGUUAUCGAUUUCAAUACCGAGGGUGUUUAUAAUAUAUCAAGGGAGAUCAUAAGUAGAAAUUUCCCUUUAAAAUUUAAAGUGCUUGUCCGCCACCUUAAUCAUAAACUAUCAACCGAAUUGGGAUGUGGUUCCAUAAAUAUCAAUGACGUUGCGAAUACUGCAAACUUAAGCAGUACUCAGGACGUAAUAAUAACCAAUAAAGGUAUCAAAAUAGGCGAAUUGAAAGUUACGGUAGAAUUAGGCUCCGAUUUUCUUCACUUUGGGAAAGAAUUUGUCGAUGCUGUAAUAUCCGCAAAAGAAAAUAUUCCUGUUCUGGAGAUAAGGUCAUCGCUGAACACGAACGGUAAUAGAUAUAGGAGCAUAACAGGGACCCAUUCCUCCAAAUCGAGCAAAGUUUCAUCCGUCUCCGCCAAGCGAAUCGAAUGCCUAACUAAUGACAACAAUCAGGACUUGCUUAUCGCGAAAAAUAUGACGGAACACCAAGAACGAAGUUUGGAUAACAGAAAGGUUGAUACAAAUAAUCCAGAAAGUGCUAAUAAAGAUAAGGUUUUGCUCCAUGGCUUGAUAUACGUGGCCGAGGGUAAAGAUCUGCCAGAAUCUAAUACCUAUCUAAUAUGCAGAGCAUUUUGGCGAGAGGACAAGGCAACGAGUCAAAUCUGCAGUAAUACAAAAAACCCAUUUUAUCAUUUUUUUCAACUGGUACCGUUGAUUCACGGUGCCGAGUUAUUGGAGAGAAUCAGAGAUAAUUAUAUAAUCAUAGAAGUAUACAGUCGGCAAAACGGCAGAACGGAUAACUUGUUGGGAAUAGCAAAACUACCUGUGCAUCAAUUGUACGUCGCCUAUAGAGAUCCGCUUGUUUUACCUCACUUAUUAUUGUCGAAGUAUCCUGUAAUAAGCGUAGACGACUGGGUUAGCAUCAACGAUCCAGUAAAUGGAAAGUAUUGCGGAGAAUUGUUUGCGCUGGUUGCGCUUGGAACCGCGGAGCAAAUUGCACUGUUAGAAGUAUCGAGGGGUCUGAGAAACGCUAGUAUUGUAUCACGAUCGGGUUACAAUUAUCAUCGCCGCGUUCCCGACAAUACCCCCAAUUAUGCAAUAAGCGUCGGGGACGGCUCGCAGUGUAACAUUCCCGAGAUGCCCGAGAGUCUAAGCGCGGAACAAUUUCCUCGUGAUAAUUUCGCUUAUCACGUUUACGGCAUGCCCGAUCGAGACUUGGCCUCGGUCAAUUACAAAACUCAAGAGAGUCAAACGGAUAUUUCGAGUCUCAAAGACGCAAGAUCGGAGAGGUCGAUGCAGGGGACCACGUGUUCGGAGCAAUUGGUUCUCCAUGCCUUGGUCGACCGUUUAGCAAAUGCGUUACACGUUAAUAAAACCAGUGCGGAUCAGUCGGCUCAAACGGAGACGAGCCAAGCGGAUGAAGCGGAAGCACACGGAGCAGGGAUACGCUUAAACACGUUAAACAGUAACAGUCUCACUGACGACAGCGAUAGUUGUAGUCCGAGAAAUGAUUUUCAACUGCCUACUGAAAUGUACAGAAGCGUUGGCGUCGGGGCAGAGUACGACGACGAAGAACCGAAUCGACAGCGAAACGAUGCUUGCAAUAAUGCCUCCGACUCGUCCGUAACGGAGGGGAAUACGAACGGAGAAGAAACGAAUAUCUCGCAGAAUUGCGACAACUUUUUCUUCCGAGCUGUCGUGGAGAUCGAGUGUGCGCUGCACUUGCCGAAAGUCGAAGGAUUGAAUGAUUCGGUGGAACCGAGCACAUACGUGACCUUUCAAGACCUGAUUCGUAAACUUGACUCCAGCGACCGAUCGAGUUCACACGUGGUAACGAAUGUUGUUCCGCGUAGCUGCGACCCAAAAUGGAAUUGGAGAUGCGACGUGAAGCUGCCAACGGAUUUGCUCUUGAACAAUCAGAAGAGAUUAAUUCUCAAAGUGUGGCACCUGAUCGAUCCGGAUACAUCUACGAUAAUAGAUUUAGAAAAAGAUGUCGUGAUUGGUUUCUCCGCUAUCGAUCUCUCGGUCUUGAUGGCGGGAUUCCCUACGGUAUCUGGCUGGUUUCACAUCAUGGAUUUUACCGGAAAGUGCAACGGACAGCUUAAAAUAACUAUAACACCUCUGGAUAGUUUAUUGUCGUUAGGAAAAGUUGCACCAAAUAGCGUUAUUAAUUUACAAAAUUGUAGUAAUUUGUCACAAACAAACCUGCCAUACGUGUAUAGUGUACCAUAUAACAACACAGAAGCAAGAGACGCACAGCAAAUCUUACCGUGUACAAGCUUUAACAAAGACAAAUAUGUAGAAAACGAGUGUAAGCAGAAUGAUUUUGUAGCGAAUGUUGGUCAUAGUUUGGAAGACGUUUCCAUGUCCUUUCUAUCAUUAUCCUUGAAACAAAAAUUAACUGAACUAGACGUGAUUACAAGACGCUUACAAUCACGUCUACACGACGUCACGAAUGCCGCUUUCGAGGAUGAUUUUGACAAUGACUUCGACAUGAUCGAGCAAAGUAGCGACAAUGAAAACACCGAUGAAAAGAACGUCGAGUCCCCAGGGCCGACCGUUCCUGCGCAUUCCGUUAACGCAACGUCACAAGUGCCGAAACAACAUGAAACGGAGGGCGAUCGAAACCUCGCGGACGACGACGAGAGACGAACCUCUUCCAUUCGAAGCAGCAAUAAUGAUCCACAUUUCCAGCCGACGCAUAGUCAAAAGGCUACGAGUGCCGAGCCGCCUGACACCGGCUACUGCUCAAGUUCCAACACGCGAUUCAGUCAACAUCCCGGUCACGGCGAAUACAACGGACACCAAGUUCGGCGUAAUGGCUCGACUCGUAACAAUUUGCCGGACAACGUUGCGGAGCAUCCGGCGCGAGGUACUAAAACGCACAUAAAUCACUUGCUCGACAAGCUGUCGCUGGAUCUGCCGCCUAGGCCGCCUGCGGGGGCAAGCGUGCCGAUGAAAAAAGAUAUCUUGGAGUUAUUCGCGAGUUUACGGGAACACAGGAAUAACUGGCAGGAUCAGAACACGAACAAGAACGGUCUCAACGUCGAUACUUGCUCAGCGGUCACUCAGACUGAAAACAUAAGUGAACGAUGUAGCUACCCUCGCGCGACGAAUCUCGCUUCCACUUCCGACAGCGGCAGCGACGAGCACCACGUUACCAAGCCACUCGAGCAAGCUCAGUCCCGUGAUAAAAUAUCGACGCUAAUACGCGAGGAACUGGUCGCGGACGAGAGUAGCGACAGUUCCAACUGUGAUGAAUUGACAACAUAUCUGAUAACGUCUAACAUACGUCACAUGGACUUGGACAUACUGAAUCCACUUCUCUAUCAAUAUUUGAUCCCGGAUUUACGGGUUGCGUCCGCCGUGUCGCCAGAAAGUAAAGCCGUAGAGCAAUUGGACAAACGAUACGAUACGGUAACGAAAAGUCUCGAUAAAAUGUCGCUCGACGACAGAACUGAUCGAUCGACGGACAACGAUGCUUCAUGUCGACUAGAUGCGCAAGUGAAAAGUCGAACGAACGUGUUCGAGUCCGCGGAAGAGAGCGCGAAACUCUUUCGUCUGACGCCCUCGGGUAUAUCGGCGAACGUCGACAGUAAUAUUGACGUAGCCGUCGUUCAUAAAACUAGCGACAACGAUUUAACGUCAGCUAACAGCAUGGAAUCGACCGCCACGUCGUUGGACAAAUUAUCGCUGGAGCAAGUCGAUGCCAAAACGGAGAAUCAUUGCUCCACCAUGUCCGAGUUGUCUGUCCCCGGAGUAUCGAGACAAGCACCCGAAGGUGGCAAUCCGGUGGAAGAAGUCAAGACGUCGGUAGCGACAUUGUCAUCUCAAGACGACAGCCAGGACGUGUCGGUGGAGAGCUAAAAUUUUCGAAUCUUUGACGGGCCUCUUAUCGGGUGAUCAGGCCAGACUGUAGAAAAAGGUUUACAAGUGCAUCUCUUUUACGAUAUAAUAUAUAGUACUGCAUUUUUUGUAACUAUCAUCAUCUUAAUCAUCUUAAAGGCGAACGAGUGAAUAUUAACGUCGAUUAAUAUUAAUACUUUGAAAAAAAUUACUUUUAUGUUAGUCUGGUUAAUGAUAUUCUUUAACGUAAAAAUGUAAUAUUUAUAUGAACGUUUCAACUAACUUUGAAUCGAGGUACGCUUAAAACUUUCUAGCUUUGAUUUUUUUUCUAUUAAGAACAAUAUUGAAAUUGAUAUUAUUUAAUACAUUUCCUAUUAACCGAUGCUCGUAUACGUAAUGAUAUCAAGUAUAAGAUUAUUGUUGUCAAAGUAUCAUACGAAA